AUGCCAAGACCUCGAAGGCUCGCCAGGCUCGAGGCGUACUUCCCGCUUUGCAAAGAGCUCAAUGAGAUGCUCACAGGAAUGUCUACCAAUCAAAAGAUUCCCAAGCCAGGCCCAGCAAAACUGAGUCAAAAUGCGAGCGUGGACGAAUGGCUCGAGAAGGCGAUGCAAAAUAAGUAUUUGCCAGAGGCAGUAAUGAAGAAGUUGUGUGAGAUAUGCAAAGAGUAUUUGAUGGAGGGUCUGCUGAUCGUCGUUGACAAUCCCCCAGAAUCUAAUAUACAGCCCGUUUCAACUCCUGUCACGGUCUGCGGCGACCUUCACGGGCAAUUCUACGAUGUACUCGAGCUCUUUCGCGUCGCUGGAGGGAUACCCGGCUCUGAAAGGUCGGCAGCGCUGUCGCCAUCGCCAGCUGGUGUUAUCACUUCUGACGACAUCGAACCGCCCUCGGAGAUUACGAAUCCUAAGCUGAAGAAGAAGAUUCGAGGUAAAAGGAAGGUAGACGAUAAGGAAGAUAGCGUGAUAAAAGACGAUAAGGAAGACGUCACAAGCGGCAUAGAAGAGGACGACGAAGAUACUGUGGAGGAAGAAGAGCAAAGGGGAAGACCCCCAACGCGCACAGGUACAACAUUAGGAGUAGAAAAAGAGGGACCUGCAGGCAUUCCAGGAAACCAAAAUUAUAUUUUUCUAGGUGAUUUUGUCGACCGAGGAUAUUUCAGUCUCGAGACUUUGACGCUACUAUUGUGUCUCAAAGCAAGGUAUCCUGAUCGAGUGACACUCGUCCGUGGCAAUCACGAAUCGCGACAGAUAACGCAAGUCUACGGUUUCUAUGAAGAAUGUCAGCAAAAGUACGGCAACGCAUCAGUUUGGAAGGCAUGCUGCCAAGUCUUCGAUUUCCUUGUCCUUGGUGCGGUGGUUGAUGGAAAAGUCUUCUGCGUGCACGGUGGUCUCAGUCCUGAGAUCAGAACACUCGACCAGAUAAGAGUUAUAGCCAGAGCCCAAGAGAUACCACACGAAGGCGCCUUCUGCGAUUUGGUGUGGAGUGAUCCUGAGGACGUGGGGACAUGGGCUGUAAGUCCACGAGGAGCCGGCUGGCUAUUCGGCAACAAAGUAGCUACAGAAUUCAAUCAUGUCAAUGGGUUCCAACUCAUCGCGCGAGCUCACCAGCUUGUCAAUGAAGGCUAUAAGUGGCACUUUGAAGACAAAUCAGUAGUCACCGUCUGGUCAGCACCAAAUUAUUGCUACAGAUGCGGCAACGUCGCAUCCAUCAUGAAUCUCGGAGAAGACUUAGAGCCUAAAUUUACAAUAUUCACCGCCGUCUCGGACAAAGAUCGACACGUCCCCGCCGCAAACCCUCGACGAACAGAGUAUUUCCUGUAG